CCAACUACUAUGAGUUGUGUGUCAGAGGACCCCAAGAAGCACGUUGAGAUGUUUACGGCUGAUCCGCGGUUAGUUGUCAAGUCGAAUGAGUUACAUGAAAUAUGCAACUCUUAAAAUAACUUUUUGAAUAAAUUAAUUUCUGAAGAUAAUAUAGCACGUAAGCAGCAAGCUAGAUUUCCACAAAAAGCAGCCGACAGUGAGUACCUUGGCAGAUUAGCUAAGCUAGCUAAUACUGUAGUUAGCAUCGGUAACUGCAGAAAACAUUACAGCCGCGAGAAAGAGCUGUUAUCCUUCUACACAAUAAAUAACGUUGAGACAAACAUGGAAUCUUCACUGGUAGUCCCAGUCAUUGACGUACAGAAUGAUAAUUUCAAAGAGCUUUGGCCAGCCAUGGUAGUGGCCAUCAAAACGUCGUCCUUCCUUGCACUAGACACGGAGCUGAGCGGUCUUGGGAACAGGAAGUCUUUGCUGGCUGAAUCUAUAGAGGACAGAUAUAAGGCCAUAUGCCAUGCAGCACGCUCUCGUUCCAUCCUCUCCCUGGGAAUUGCCUGCUACAAGAAACUGGACAACAAGGCUGCAGACACAUACUUGGUUCAGGUGUAUAACCUGACCCUGCUGUGUUCAGAGGAGUACAUCAUAGAGCCCCAGUCAGUCCACUUCCUGGUGCAGCAUGGAUUUGACUUUAACAAGCAGUACGCACAUGGGAUCCCGUACUGCAAGGGCAAUAAUAAGGGAGGAUCUGAUGACCAGGGUGUCCACAUCAGGGCGUUAUUCACUGAGCUGCUACGUGCCAGGAAACCCCUGGUGCUCCACAAUGGCCUCAUUGACAUGGCCUUCCUUUACCAGAGUUUCUAUGCUCAUCUGCCGGAGCGCCUGGCCACCUUCACAGCUGACCUGUCUGAGAUGUUUCCUGCUGGCAUCUAUGACACCAAAUAUGUCACUGAGUUUGAACUUAGGCUCACUGCCUCCUAUCUAGAAUAUGCUUAUAAGAAAUGUAAGCUGGAUAACAGUCGCAGUUUGACCUCUGGAGGGACCAGACCUCAUGUCCAUGUAGAGUUCUGUCAGUAUGCGGGUCACAUGUCCACCUAUGUGGACUACAGAGUGUGUCCAGCUGUCGCCUCUGCUGAGGCACAGACUGUCAUCUGCCCACGUUUCUCUGCAUUUGGCUGGUGUUCGAAUGGUACCCAGUGUCCAUUAUCCCAUGACACUGACCUGAUUAUCCUCCAGGAUGAGAAAGGCAAAGAGGACAAGAGAAAAAAAAGGAAGAGACACAGAGAGAAGAGGAGAGGUGGAGGAGAUGUAGCAGAGGACUCCUCCAUUUUUAACGGUGCCCCCGAAAACAAAAUAGCCCACAUGGAGGUGGAUCGAGAGGAAACACCAGAUGACCGGCAAAAGGCUACUGCUGAUCCAUGCCCAGAAACUGAACCUCUAAUGGACAGUGAUAGAAACAGCCAACAUAAUGAAGGAGAGAACAUGAAAACAGACAGCAAGGAGAACAGAGUGUGUGAAGACAACACAGACUCUGUAACAACUGCCACAGCUGAUGAGGACACAAACACGAAAACCAACACAGAAGACGGUGCAGAAAACAGUACAGGAGAUGGAGGAGAGGCGUUAGGUGGUCACUCAGCCAGGACUGACGCUCAGAAGACGGCUGAGGCUGGAACACACCGCGCAGGGUUUGAUGCCUUUAUGACAGGAUACGUCUUUGCCUACUCAUGUACCCUUGUCAAGAAGGAAGGCGUGGGAGCUGUAGAGGAGACGGAGGCCGAGCAGUCGUGGCUUUCUACCUGUCUCAAUAAGGUUUACCUCAGUGGCAAGGCAGCUCCUCUCAAUGUGGUUAAAAGCACCUUCUCCAAGUCAUCCAAGGCCCACAUGCAGAAGAUGGAGAUGGUGUGGGGAGGGAGAAUGUAGUGUACGCACUUGCACACAGCAGGAUAGUUAUUGUUUAUACAAGUGGAGGCUCACAAUUUUUUUUAUCCAUGUCAGUAGUGUGGCUCUAUGGACGGCAAUAUCUUUCUUCCACUUUGAGCCAGACUGAAGUAUCUCAGCAAUGUUGAGAUGGAUUGCUUUAACAUUUACUCAGAGGAAGAACAAUACUAACUUUGGUGAUCCACCGACUUCUUCCAGGGAGGUUUACAUUUUUGUUUAGUAGUGAAAUAUCUUGGUAAAUUUUUGAUGGACUGCAAAAUAUUGGGAGAGAUGUCCAUGUUCCCAUCAAGUUGAACAUUAAAACAGUUAUUGAUUCAGGUCAGAAUCAGGUCAAAAUUUUGUUAUUUUGUGUCCAAAUCUUUGGUUCAUGACCAAAAACCUGCAAAACUACCUGUAUUCAUAACAGUCUUAGUUGUGCUCUGUCUCUGUUAAAUGUUGGCAUGCUAAUACUGAAAACUAAGAUGGUAAACGUGCUGAUUAAAUAUGUUAGCACUUUCA